AUGACGUCCUCGCGGAAGUCCACGAUAAGUCCAUACCUUGCAGAGGUGUGCGAACAAGCCGAGCUCGAGCUCGAUGCGGGCCGCGUGCUCCGAGUCCUCGGGCCGGACUCGGUGAAGUUUUCAUACAUAAUCCUUCUCUUUACUCACACCGGUCGACUGGCGUGGGUUCCGUCAGAUCGUCCACCCUUUAAUUCACAAAUUCAAAGACUCUACUCACUCAAGGACGACGUCGGUAAUUGCAAGAAGGAGACCGAGAAGGAGGCGACAGCGAUGAAAGCGAAGGAGGCUGUGUGUGCAAAGGUUAAGGAAAGCUUGAAGAGCCUGAGCGAGAAGAUGGAGGAUAUGGCGAAUGAAUGGAAACAGGCCUUGAGGGCGGAGAGGGAGAGGAGUGAGAGGGCGCUGGAGGAUUUUAGGGAGAUGAGCGAGAGGGCGCUGGAAACUGAGAGGAGGGAGAGGGAGAGGGCGCUGGAAACUGAGAGGAGGGAGAGGGAGAGGGCACUGGAAACUGAGAGGAGCGAGAGGGAGAGGACGUCGAAUGAGCUCAACGAGCUGAAGCUGGUGCUGGUGGGUCAACGUUUCAAAUUUCAACCCCCAACUUGA